UCAUGGAUAUCACAAUCAUAAUUACCACGGAUAAAAUGCACACAAUGAAGACACCACUCUUCAUUUUCAUCGUCUUCUCCACGCUCUCACUUUCUUCUGCCCAAUCCCUAGUUCCUGUUCGCGACACUGACGGGAAUAUCAUCCGGUCAGGCACCGGUUACUACAUCUUGCCCACUACACGUGGCCUGGGUGGGGGCAUUAAACUAGUGCCCACAACCAUAAACGAGACGUGCCCUAGUGACGUGGUGCAAGAAAACAACGAUCUGCAAAAUGGGCUACCGUUGACUUUCAUACCAGUCAAGGCAAACAAAGAUGGCAACAUCUUUGAAUCCAUCGAUCUAAACAUUAGGUUCUCAGGUUCAACGGCUUGUAUCCGGUCUGCGAUUUGGCGAAUUGAUCAGGGUGUGAAUGGGCAACGAGAGAUAUCAAGCCAUGGGAGCUUAGGGAACCCAGGCCCACAAACCAUAAGCAAUUGGUUCAAGAUAGAGAAGCAUGAGGAUGGGUACAAGCUAGUGUUCUGCCCCACUGUGUGCAACACUUGCAGGCCAGCUUGUGGAGAUAUUGGUCAUACGAUUGCUAAAACUGGACGUCUAAGUCUGGUCAUAAAUAACACGCCCCUUAAGGUCAAUUUUAAGAAGGCAUAAAGACUUAUGUGCCCAUUGUGAAUGGGUUGUAUGUCGGUAUACUUUGUAUGUAUAAUAAAGGGCUGGGAUAUGCUCUAAAAGCUAUUUUAUCAAUAAAGAUAUGAUUCCAGGUCAA